AUGGCGGAUAGCUUGAACGCCGCUACUAGUGGCGACUUUUGGCCUAAGCAGAUGUUGUCCGACGAUCUCCCCCAUGCCAAUAUCUUCGUAUAUGGCUACCACACCGAUGUCAGCACUGGACUGUUCCAAGGCAACAAUAAGAAUAGCAUCCUGAAACAUGCUCGAGAUCUUCAGGUACGAUUUGAUCGCGAGGAGCUGUUGCAAACGCAGGGUUCUGUCAUAUUCAUCGCGCACAGUUUGGGUGGACUCAUUUUGAAAGACGCCUUUACGAGAUCUUCGAGCAUGUCUCAGCGCACGAAGCUUAUCAUUUUCAUGGGAACUCCGCACAGAGGCAGUCAAUACGCUUCGUGGGGCGAAAUUGCGUCGAGAAUGGCUACUUUGGCUUUGGUCGAUACCAAUAGGAAGAUUUUGAAAGACCUAAGGGUCGACAGCGAAGUUUUGGACAGGAUUCAAACAGACUUCGUCGACAAAGUGUACCAAACGAAAACCAAAGUACAUUCCUUCUACGAAUCGAGCGGUUACUCCUCCAUCAAAGGUCUGUCUAACAAGGUGGUCCCCGAUGCUUCAGCGAAGGUUGACCUACCGCAGUCCCUUGAGACCGUUGAAUCUUUGCCGGGCAAUCAUGAGACCAUGAUCAAAUACAGCUCGAAAACAGACAUGGGGUACCGAAGCAUCGUCGCGGUUUUGCGAAAUAACAUGGCGCAUAGCUUCGUCGACACCACUCCAGGAGAGACCCAAGCCAGUCAGCCUGAAACUCAACGAAUAUCAAUUAAGGACGCCGACGCGGCGCUUGCCAUGGCACAGCCGUUCCACAAUCUUCCAGCGGACUCUUCCGAUUGCUUCGUUGGCCGAGGGAACGCCCUUAGAGACAUCAACGAAGCAAUACAAGAUCCGAAUGGCAAACAUUACUUUGCACUCGAUGGACUUGGUGGUAUUGGGAAAUCCACCGUCGCCCUCCAAAUCGCGCGGGAAGUCAACAAAGAGCUACACUAUAAAGUAUUGUGGAUGCAUGCGGGCUCGUGGUCUCGGUUCGAGGAAGACGCGACGGUAUUAGCCCAGGAGCUCUGUUUGCCAGGAGCUACGGAGGCAAAAGUCCACAAACCAGCACUACUUCGAGACUGGCUUGAGAGCAGUCACGCGGAGAAGUGGUUACUCGUUCUCGACAAUGUCGAUGACUGGAACGCGAUGUUUGGCAAGAUCAUAAAGGAACUCGACACCAAGGACCCACCGACUCAAUACAUCUCAUCAUACAUUCCCAAAGUGGCGGGCGGUCAACGUUCUGUGCUCAUGACCACGCGCAACCACAAAAUUGCUGUCAAGUUCGCCGGAUCCCAGAACACCUUUCGUCUCGAUGAGCUAGAACCGGACGCUUCCUGCGAGCUUCUCCGACGGCGGAUAGGGGGAAACUAUACGGUGGAUAGCGCAACCCGAAACCUCGCUGUGGCUCUCUACAACAUCCCUUUGGCACUGGUUCAAGCAGCCAGCUUCAUGAGUGUCAAUACCAUGUCCGCAGAGGAAUAUCUCGAUCUUUACAGCCGCAACAACGAUCAGAAACUGAGGCUAUUGAGCAGGGAGGCUACCCACGAGUUAAGCACUCCCAUUGCGAAGACAUGGGUCAUAUCUUUCAGAACGAUUGAGCGCGACGAUGCUCUCGCGAUCGACAUCAUGUCUUCCAUGAGUAUGUGGGAUUCUCAGGACAUACCUACUAGUUUAUUACCGCCUAGGGACGAUGAGAUCGAGCUCCAAGAGUCUCUGGGUACGCUGAAAGCGUACUAUCUUAUUUCGUUCAAGGCAUCCACCAAAAGCUACAGCAUGCACGGCAUGAUACGGUUGAUCAUGCGCAAGUGGCUUGACGAAGCAGGAAAGUUCAAGAGCUAG